AUGCAGAGCUCGUCGACGAGCUCUGUCGUCCAACCAGAAGCCAUAUUAGAAUGGCUUCAGAAGGAAAUGGAUUAUAGACCUCUAGGUCCGUACCUUGCUUCAAGUAAGGCAUCAAUGCCAUCAUCUGAUGCAAUUCGCAGGGUUUGUCGUGGGAAUAUGAUUCCUAUUUUUCAUUUUCUAUUGAAGAGGGUUAAAUCGGUGAAGACGGUAAGAGAUAUCCGGCGUAACAUCCUCGUCCAUGGCAGAGAAGACAAUGCUGGUGGUCGCGGUAGUGCGGAUGCUGCCAAAAAUGGCGAGGUUGGGAAAGGGAGUAAAGGAGGGAGGAGGAAAGAGAAACUAAGGGGGACGGAUAGUGAAAGUACGAGUGCAGGGCAGGGCAGUAACAGAGAGACAGCUCUGCAGGAGAGAGAAUCAGCUGAAAAGGAGGUAGAGAGAUUGAGGCAUACUGUGAGACGCCAAAGGAAGGAGUUGAAGGCUCGGAUGUUGGAGGUUUCACGUGAAGAGGCUGAUCGCAAGCGUAUGCUUGAUGAAAGAUCAAAUUACAGGCAUAAGCAGGUGGUGUUGGAAGCUUAUGGUGAACAGUGUGAUGUAGCAGCUAGGAUAUUUGUCGAGUAUUGUAAGCGUCUUUGCUCCUAUGUUAAUCAAGUAAAAGAUGCUCAGAGACUGGAGGCUGAUUCUUCAAUGGAACUAGUCACCAGUUCCCAAGUGGACAGUGAGAAAGGCACAGUUUAUUCUACAGUGAAAGGUUCAAAACCAUCAGAGGAUGUAGUUCUUGUUGAGACGAGCAGGGAAAGGAAUAUCCGUAAGGCAUGUGAAUUGCUUGCAUUAAAGAUGAUUGAAAAGAUCCACAACUCUUUUCCUGCAUAUGAAGGAAGUGGUAUCCAUUUGAAUCCACAACUAGAAACUGCUAAGUUAGGCAUUGAUGUCGACGGGGAUAUACCUGAUGAGGUCCGAGAUGUUAUUCUUAAUUGUCUCAGAAGUCCUUCUCAGUUACUUCUGGCUGUAACCACUUACACUCAAAGGUUGAAAGCUAUGAUUGCUAAAGAAAUAGAGAGAACUGAUGUUAGAGCUGAUGCAGAAACAUUAAGGUACAAGUACGAGAAUAAUAAAGUAAUGGAUGCUUCUCCUGAUGUAAGCGCACCAUUACAGUUUCAACUUUAUGGUAAUGGUAAUACUGGGCUUGACAUGCCUUCAAAAGGAACUCAAAAUCAACUUCUUGAAAGACAGAAAGCACAUGUUCAGCAGUUUGUGGCUACUGAAGAUCAACUCAACAAAGCUGCGGAAGCUAAAAGUGCGUGCCAAAAGCUUUUAAAGCGUCUAUCUGGAAGCAGUGAUGUAGACUCCUUAUUGUCACUCGAUGUUGGAGGGACCUCACAGAAUAUGAGUAGUCUCAGGCAGUUGGAGCUGGAGGUGUGGGCCAAGGAAAGAGAAGCUGCUGGAUUAAAGGCCAGCUUGACCACAUUGAUGACUGAAGUUCAACGGUUGGACAUGUUGUGUAAAGAGAGGAAGGAAGCUGAAGAUUCUUUAAAGAAGAAGUGGAAGAAAAUUGAAGAGUUUGAUGCUCGAAGAUUGGAGCUUAACUCGAUCUACAAUGCUCUUAUGAGAGCAAACACGGAUGCUGCUGCAUUCUGGAGUCAGCAGCCCUUAGCUGCAAGGGAGCAUGCAUCAAAUACCGUGAUUCCAGCAUGUACAGUUGUUAUUGGCAUAGUAAAGAGCGCAAAAGAUCUUAUUGAUAAAGAAGUGUCGGCGUUUUCUCGGAGUCCUGACAAUAGCCUUUAUAUGCUUCCAUCAACCCCUCAGGCACUCUUGGAGUCUAUGGGUCUUAAUGGUUCUACUGGACCUGAAGCAGUCGCUGUUGCAGAAAAGAAUGCCGCCUUACUGACUGCAAGAGCUGGUUCUGGAGAUCCAUCUGCAAUUCCUUCCAUAUGCCGUGUUUCUGCAGCCCUUCAGUAUCAUGCAGGCUUUGAUGGUUCAGAAGCUAGCUUAGCAUCAGUGUUGGAAUCAAUGGAAUUUUGUCUGAAAUUGCGUGGUUCCGAGGCUUGUGUAUUGGAGGACUUAUCAAAGGCCAUCAAUUUGGUUCAUAUAAGAAGGGAUCUUGUCGAAAGUGGCCAUGCAUUAUUAAAUCAUGCUUAUAAUGCUCAAAAAGAAUUUAAGAGGAGCACGAGUUACUGUUUAGAUCUGGCUUCCGAACAAGAAGAGAUAAUCAUGAAGAAGUGGUUGCCUGAGCUAAGGAAUGGAACUGUGAAUGCUCAGAGAUCUCUGGAUGAUUGCAAAUAUGUCAGUGGUUUGCUUGAUGAAUGGUGGGAACAACCAGCAUCGACAGUUGUUGAUUGGGUAACCGUGGAUGGACAAAACGUUGCUGCUUGGCAUAAUCAUGUGAAGCAACUUCUUGCAUAUUACGACAAGGAACUUCUGUGACUAGACAUUCCUCUAGAAGGUUCCUUCUUAGCCUCUUUGCUUUCCCCGCUUCAUCGUAAUUCAGGCAUCUGUUUGGGACCUUGCAGCUGCUAGUCACCCGUGGACUUACCAGAAUGAUGACAUAUAUCUUCCAAGGGGAGGUGGCGAGGUGCACAUACGAAACUCUGUAUAGAAGGCCGUAAUCUUUGUAUAAAAGUGUUAUUUCUAGUCAUGGGGUUCUGCAUCACCUUUUCUUGCUUUAUUUUUGCUAUAU